UAUUCUUUGCAAACAGUUGGUGUUAGGUUGUUCCAAAACAAAGUAUAUUAAAAAAAAACAAUGCUCAAGUUGACAGUGUUAUUAAUGUUCUGUAUUGUAUUUGUAAAUACUGCAGAAAAUAGCUACAUAAUAAACGAGUUACCGUGCCUUGUGGCUAAUGGAGAGUGUACCAAAUCGGAAGACUGUCCAACUGGAGUGAGACAAUUGACCGGAUAUUGUCCAAAGCAGGAAAAGAAUGGGAUAAAAUGUUGUUUGUCCCGUACCAUGUCGUGUCGAAGUCGAGGUGGAGAAUGUGUAACAUUCAAAUGUCCAAAAGGACUUACGUUUUCUAGAGCCAAAGAUUGCUCCCAUGACGAAACCUGUUGUAUAUUAGUGCAAAAAUAA